UGAGAGCUGGGGCGCCUGGACCGCCGCCAGCCCCGAUUCCUCCCAGCCAGCGGCAGCGCCCUUGGCAGAGGCCCUUCCUCUCAGCCUGGCCCAGCGGCCCCAGCUGCCCGCCCCAUUGCCCCCGCUGGCUCCUCUGCCACGCUUCUCCUGCGCUGCAGCCACUUGGGAGUAGCCUCGCGUCUACUCAUUGAGUACAGCUGAGGGGUUUCUCAUUCUCCCUUCCUGCUCUCUUUCUUUCGUCUUUCUUUUCGGUUUUUGAGACAGGAUCUCUCUUUGUAGCCUAGGCAGGCCUUGACCUCACAGCGAUCCUCCUGCCUCAGCCUCCCAAGUGCUGGAUCACAGGUGUGCGCCACCACGCCUGGCUUUUCUCUCCUUGAAUCUGCUGUCGUGCCAUCAGUGUGGGAGUUCAGACCCUCUUCUUAGCUGGUCCUGCAGAUAGACCGGGUUUCCUUGAGCGUUGGGUGAACCUGGCACGAUCUGCCUAAAUGGAAAGCUGCACGUGCAUCUUCCCCACCGAACAAGGAAAAGGGCUGGAGACUGGCCGCUGGUCUCUGCCCAUCAGCUCUAGAUAACUCGGAUGUGUCUUACUCCUCUCCCUGCCUCUUACCCCUCCUGCCCAGCCAGAUCGUCCUCCAGGGCUUCCCUCUGGCCCCUGUCACCUGCAGGCCCUGGCUGCGUUUGAGAACGGCUCCCUGAAAGCCAGGACUGCAGGCCGGGCAAGGCUCAGUUCUCCUCCUCUGCCUCCCGUGUGCCCUGGGCCACAGGCCCUCUGCUUGUCCCUCAGUAAACUGGCACUUCCGCAGGGCAAACCUCACUCAUUGUCAGUCUGACUCAGCCCUCACGGCCCGUCACACCAGAGGACGAGAAUGAAAUCCAUGCUGGUUUAACCCAACCGAACCCUUCCAGGCAUCUUCCUGUGACAGGUUUCCCUGCACUGCUCCCAGAGGGCCUGGAAAGGCCCCACCGCAUCCCCACCCAGGAGGCCACCUGGGCUCUGGUCACAAAGACCCCUCUGCAGCUGCAGGCCACGUAGAGGGACAGGCACAGCUGGAGAAUCUCUCGUGCUCUUGUGCAGCCUGUCCGGCUCUGUCCCCCUGCCCGCCCCACAGCCAGUGGUCAGGAUGCCCGCGGCUCAGGGUCCUGCCUGGAGACCCCCACCACAUGGCUCCCGUCCCUCCCCACCAAGCUCCAGCUCUGUGCUGCUUGUCACUUGGCUUUCCCUGUCCCUGGCAGGACCAGUUUGACACUGUGAGUGAUGCCGACCUCCAGAGCAUGGACGCCAAGAUCGUGGCCCUCACCGCGAAGGUGCAGGGCCUGCAGCAGAGCUGCCGACACAUGGAGGCUGAGCUCAAGGAGCUGACGAGCGCCCUGACCACGCCUGAGAUGCAGCGCGAGGUCGAGCAGCUGAAGGCUGAGUGCGCGGGCUACACUGAGAGGCUGAGGGGCAUCAGGGCAGCCCCAGCUCGAGUGACCCCUGCGGAAAAGGAGCAGGUGCAUCGAGAGCAGCAGCGCUACUGCCGGGAGUGGAGGAUGAGAAAGAGGCUGGCGAUGGAGCUGUCUGCCGCAAUCCUUGAGGGCUACCCCAAGAGCAAGAAGCAGUUCUUCGAGGAGGUUGGCAUCGAGACAGAUGAGGACCACCACGUGGUGCCCCCAGAGCCCUAGGACCCUGGAGCAGGACCAGGACCCCGACUCUGCCCGAUGCAGUGGUUUGAGCGCCACUUGCGGGUUUGAAACAAAUAUGGGCAAGGGACGCACGUG